GUUCAACGCACCAUAAUGUCCCCUCUUGAUUGGGAAACAUUGCAUCGGUACCGUAGUGAGUCGCGAUCAUCGCAUACAAAUGCCAUCUAUAAGUACAGCACUUAGAAGCCCCCCUUUCUAGCUGCUCGUGUACUUGCACUUAUUCUUCUUGUAAUACAAAUUCCGGGGGGUCUGUUAGAAUGCAUCUCCACCUUCUCACCGCGCUCUGCGCCAUCACUAUGGCAGCAUUCUCCUCUGCCGCCCCGCAAGAUUUCCGCGCCCUAUCUUUCAACAUCCGCUACGCCGCCUCCGCUUCAACCUUCGAGCGUCCGUGGUCCACCCGCCGCCCUCUUGUCAUCGCCCAACUCGCAAACGCCACCAACACCCCCUCCAUCCCCGUCAUUGGCUUGCAAGAAGUCCUUCACGCCCAGCUUAACGACAUUAAAAACGGCCUGGGACCCUCCUGGGCGCAUCUCGGAACCGGUCGCGACGACGGCAAACAAGCCGGCGAGUACGUCCCGCUGUUGUACCAGCCCGACACGUUGAAGCUCGUUGCCAGCACGCAGAAAUGGCUCUCGCCCACCCCCGACGUGCCGAGUUUCUGGCCCGGUGCAGGAAGUCGGCGGUACGUGAUCGUGGGCGUGUUCGAGAUACUACGCGGCACAGGGAAGGGGCGGCGGGUGCUGGUUGCGAACACGCAUCUCGAUAACGCGUCGCAGACUGCACGGAUCGAGGGUGUCAAAGUGGCGCUGAAAACGAUACGAGAUAUGCGCGCUGCGCACGGCGACUUGCCGGUCGUUUUGACGGGGGACUUCAACUCGGUGCCUGGGAGCGGGGAUGCAUAUGGGGCGGUUGUCGCGGAUGGGGCGCUUGAGGACUUGUAUGCACUUGCGGGUCCGGGACGCAGGUUUGGACCCGAGGGGACGUUCAGUGGGUUUGAGCCUGGUAAGGAACCGAAUAGUCGGAUUGACUUCGUUUGGCUCGGGCCGAAUGCUUCAACGACGUGGACGGUGCAGAGGUACGAGGUGUUGGGUAAUGUUGUGGGUGGCGUGUAUAUAAGUGAUCAUCGCGCGGUGCAGGGUGAUGUUACGCUCCGCUGAUGAAGUUUGGGUACCUGACCCGUGAUGUGGUGCGGGUACUUGAUCCGAUAUCUUGGAAUGACGAAGGAUCUGCGCGAUUUCAUCUAAACAAUUCAUCAGUAUCGCUCUUGGUUCGAUUCACUUCGUGGUCU